AUGUCUGGAACCACUCUUCUGCUGCGGUCAGAGACGAAGCACCUCGAGCACCGCUCGGCGCUGACCCCCACCACUACCAAGGCGCUGAUCGACGCCGGCUUCACCGUCAAGGUCGAGCGCAGUCCGGGCCGCAUCUUUGAGGAUGCCGAGUUCGAGGCCGUCGGCGCCACGCUGAUCCCCGAGGGCAGCUGGGUUGACGCGCCCAAGGAGGAGAUCAUUGUUGGCCUCAAGGAACUCGAGGAGAAGGACUUCCCUCUGAAGCACACCCACGUGCAGUUUGCCCACUGCUACAAGGGCCAGGCCAACUGGGACACAGUGCUGGCGAGAUAUGCCCGAGGCAAUGGUACACUGCUGGACCUGGAGUUCCUCAGUGUGAAUGGCCGCCGGGUGGCUGCAUUCGGCUACUGGGCCGGCUUUGCCGGUGCCGCUCUGGCGAUUGAGCUGUGGGCUUGGCAGCUGACGCAUAGCGCGGACGAGCCGUUCCCGGCCGUCGAGAGCUACCCGAACGAGGAUGCGCUGGUGACUGAUGUGAAGAAGGCGUACGCAGCCGGCCAGGCGGCGUCUGGCGGUAAGGUGCCGCAGGUGAUUGUCAUCGGAGCUCUCGGCCGCUGUGGCAGCGGCGCCGUCGACAUGUGUCUCAAGGCCGGCAUCCCGGCCGACAAGGUGCUCAAGUGGGACAUGGCCGAGACCAAGGCGGGCGGCCCCUUUGCGGAGGUGGCCCAGAGCGAUAUCUUUGUCAACUGCAUCUACCUCAGCUCCAAGAUCCCGCCCUUUGUCAGCCUGGAGUCGCUGCAGCAGCCAGGUCGCCAGCUAUCGGUCGUCUGCGACGUCUCAGCCGACUCCACCAACCCGCUGACACCCGUGCCCAUCUACACCAUCACCACCACCUUUGACAAGCCCACCGUCGCCGUCGAGGGCCUUUCGUCCGGCCCCCCUCUCUCCGUCAUCUCCAUCGACCACUUGCCCAGCCUGCUGCCGCGCGAGGCUUCCGACACCUUCAGCCACGACCUGCUGCCCUACCUGCUGACGCUGAACAACUGGCGCGCUGAUCCCGUGUGGGCCGGUGCCGAAAAGCUGUACAAGGACAAGGUGGCCACGCUGCCGACUGCCGCUCUGCAAUAA